UUUUAGACAAAUAAAAAUGUAGAGAAGGUAACGUGGGUUGGACUUUGGGGGAGUAUAAUAUACUACUCCAUUACUUAAAUCCACCGCUAAAACCUCCUCAUCUUCCUACGUUGGGGCUCUACUGCCUGAAUCUCCCACAGAUAUCGCAUCAAAAUGCAAGAUCCGUCAAAUCCAAACUCCAAGCAGCUCAAUCAGACGUCGUCAUUUUCCGCUACAUUCAGGCCAUCUCACCACCGCAGAGCUCACUCCGAGGUGAACUUCCGCCUGCCUGAGGAUCUAGAUCUGGUAUCUGACCCAUUCGAUGCGUCCGCCGCAAGUUUUGAGGAGAUCGGAUCCGAGGACGAUUUCUUCUCCACUUACAUGGACAUUGAAAAACUCGGCUCUGGAUCCAACCCUACCGAUGUUCCAGGAUUCAACAAUGCCGGCGCCGGAAGUAGUGGACUGGUAGCUGACUGUGGUGACGGAGAAAGGAACUUCACCAGGCCUCGCCACAGGCAUAGCAAUUCGGUGGAUAGUUCGAGCUUGUUGCUAAGUGAGAGUAUUGAAGCUAAGAAAGCUAUGGCUCCUGAUAAGCUUGCUGAACUUUGGACUAUUGAUCCAAAACGCGCCAAAAGGAUUUUGGCGAAUCGGCAGUCUGCUUCUCGCUCGAAAGAGAGGAAGGCCCGAUACAUAACUGAACUUGAGAGAAAGGUUCAGACCCUACAAACAGAAGCAACCACUCUUUCUGCUCAACUAACCCUUUUCCAGCGGGAUACAACCCAGUUUACUAAUGAGAAUACAGAGCUUAAGCUCCGUUUGCAAGCUAUGGCACAACAAGCUCAGUUACGUGAUGCUCUCAAUGAAGCCCUGAAGCAGGAAGUGGAAAGACUUAAAAUGGCUACAGGGGAAAUGUCCUCUUCAGAUGCAUACAAUUUGGGGAUGCAGCACAUUCCAUAUAACCAAUCAGCAUUCUUUUCCCAUCAGCCACAAUCAGGGCCUAGCGAAUCCCAGAACAUACAGAUGCAGCAAUUUCAUUCCCUCCAGGACAGCUUGUUGACUCCUCAUCGUCGUUUACUUGCAGGCCAUGUACAGGCUCUCCCAGAUGCAAUGCAACAGGAUCCCCUUGGUCGUUUUCAGGGUCUCGAUAUUGGUGGCAGGGGUAUGCAUCUUGUCAAAACUGAAACACCUUCUAUUUCUGCCAGUGAGAGCAGCAGUACAUUGUGAUUGCAUUGCCAACUUGUGCAAUCGCCCUCCCAAACUUAUUUAUUGGAAUUGUUCAUAGACUGACACGUGUUUAACAUUGAAAACAUCAUAUUUAAUUUUUUUGAUUUUUUAUUUUUUCCAUUUGACUUCAGUCUUAGGUUCAGUAGCUUCCAGAUGUCUUGAUGUGUUCUUAUUUUUAGUUUGCUCAAGUCUGAAUCAUUUCUUGUGAUUUAUUCGUGUAACUUUAAAGGAAGGUUGUUACCACUGCUCAA